AUGCUUAUCGUUAAAGGAGGCCCACCUUAAAAAAUAGGAAAAACUCAAUCUGUUCACAAUGUUCCUGUAGAUUCUAAUUUAAUUGUAAUUAAUCAGAAUUCUUUAAAUUUAGAAACUAAAUCCAAUUCUCACUCUUAAAACUGAAGGUUGUUUUGAUAUAACUUUGAAUCAAAUUUAUAAUAGUGUUGGUGAUUCAGAAUAUGUUUCUGGAAGAAUAUUUAAGCAAUUAAUAUUGUUUAUGGAUACAAAAUUUAGCGAGUUAACUGAAAAAAUAGACAACUUUGACAAUUUAUCUGACAUCAAUACACAUUUAUUAAGAAUCUAGUCUUCAUAAGUGAGUCCAAUUAUGAAAUAGAAAUUUGAUGAUAGUCCUAAUGAUAUAGUUAGGAAUAAAAGUUCUGGAUCAUUGUUACAACAUGAUAAUACUAGCAUAAGUGAUAAAGGUAAAAAUUCUCCAGGUAAAAAGAAUUUUCAAAAAAAUUGUUUAUCCUAAUCUAGCGCAAUGGAUUUAAAUAGGUUAAACUAUUUAGAAAGAAAAAUUAAAUAAACCGAAGAAAAACAAACUAAGUUUGAGCAGGAAUAGAUAGAUAAGUUUUCAGGUUUCUAAAACAAAAUAGAAAAAAUGAUUAGAUCAAUUUAAGACAAAUAAUAAGCAUUAUAAUUUUCUGAUUUAUAUAGAGACAUUUAAGAUUUUUCUGUCAACUAAAAAUAAAUUAUUUCCUUCAUCUCUUCCUCUUAAAAUGAAAUGAUGUAAAUAUUAUAAAAUUAACAUUUGAUAGCGACUUUAACAAAAAAUUGCUUUCAAUAUCAAAGGAAUUUUAAGAGCAGAUUAAUCAAAUAAAAACAGCUUUAGAAUAAAGUAACACAGCUUAUUCAACAAAUAAUGAGAAGAUUGAAACUAUGUAAACAAGUAUUCAAUAAAUCGAUUAAGAUUUGCUAAUAAUGUUAAAAUGUUAUAAGGAUAUUUUGAAUGAUAUAUUUAGAAUUGAAAUUUUGGAAUAACAACAAAAAAGAAUUUUAAAUAUCCUUAAUAAUUAUCCAUGA